AUGUAUGAUCCCAAUAAUCCCAACAUCAAGAGCAGAAACACUCUUCAAUGGGGCCUCUACCAGCGAGAGCUGUUCUGGAAGGAACAUGACGGCGAAGUCCCUCCCCUUAGCACCGAACCAGGAGAUCUCCAGGAUCCGGCAAAUAGGGCGCUGACAAUUGGCGGCUGGUACUACGCCUCCUCUACUGCAGGCCAAUCCUACACCCAUCUCGCCAAUCGACAGGCAUUCGACCGCCACCGGGUCAUCAUCCCCCGGAAGCUCGUCGACGCGAGCAAAGGCGAUACGGAAACCACCGUCUUCGGACACAAGGCCAGCGCGCCCAUCGGCUUUGCCCCCAUCGGAAAUCAACAAGAUCUACCACCCCGCUUGGCGAAGCUCCCACUCUACAUGCCACACGACGACGAGGGCGCAGCGAGCCUGCUCCCGCGGGCCGCGGAUAGCGGCUUCUCGGCUUGCAUCUUGACGGUGGAUACGCGGCAGCUGGCAUGGAGACGCUGCGAUGCGGCGGGUUCGGAUUAUUGCGCCUUCUAUCGCGGCAUCAGUGCAGAUCCCGGACUGUCGGACCCGGUUUUCCAAAAGAGAAUGGAGGAGGCGGGCGGGGCCAUGUGGACCGAUGGUGUGUGGCAUGAACGGGCCUGGAGCUGGGAGAAGACGCCUUGGCUGAUGGAGACGUGGAAGAGACAUAGCGGCGAGAAGCCAUUUUGCCUGAAGGGCACCGCGCAGGCGUGCAAGUCGAUAGUGCAAUCGCCAGCUUAA